AAAGUUUGUCUACUUUAUUAUCUGUCAUGCAAUAGCAUGCACGAAGCAUAAAGCAAAUUUGAAUGACAUAAAUCGUCCUUUAUCUGUAUAGUGGUUAAGGACAUUUUUUCAAAAACAGACUGGAUAUAAGUUGGUAUGUUUACCUUGUCUCCUCCAAUGAUGAAACGUUAGUCAUAAAACUGAAACAUGGCAACGAACGAGGAACUCUCUAGAACCCUGGCUGGAUCAUCGGACGUGGCUCAUGAUUUUAUUUGUACACCCUGCUCAGAUGAUGAUCUAAACAAGGAAGCGAUUACUUACUGUACGGAAUGCAGAUCGUACUUUUGUACAACGUGUAUUGACCAUCAUAAUAAAUGUCUUAAGUCACACACAGUUUUGGACAAGGUCGCAAUGAUGUCAGGGCAAGUUAAGCAUCAACCAGUAGAUCAGUCGGCGAUGAUGCUAGUUGGCAGAUGUGAAGAACAUCCUGGAAGGGCCAUAGAAAUGUAUUGUCCAAAGCACGAUAUUGUGUGCUGUACAAUUUGUCUUGCCAUGAAACACAGAUCCUGUACUGGAGUUGACUUCAUUCCAAACGUUGCAACGGGAAGUAUCAAAAGUCCAGAGAAAGACAAAGUAGUCCAGAGCCUUAAUACCAUCAAACAGGAUCUUCAGAAGCUGAAGUCUAAAAAACAAACUGAGCUGGAAGAUUUGGACAAAGCACGAGACGAAAUCUUCAAAUACAUUUUGGAUUUCAAGAAACGGUUGCUUGAAAGAAUUCAACAGAUGGAAACAGAGUCCAUGAACGAUGUUCUAGAUAAAUACAACACGAUUGCUGACAAGAUAAAAGGAGAAGUAAGUCGUCUUGACGUCUUGCUUAAAGAUGUUGAAAAAUCUCUUAACGAUUUGCAAUUUAAAAGCAAAAACGAUGCACAAAUGUUUGUCUCCAUAAAGCACGGCCAAACGUAUAAAAUUCGCAGCAUUGAUGUUUUAAAACAAGCUGUAAGUUUUGAAAAACAAGAAAUCAAAUUCAAUACUGAUGAUGACAUAGAGUCACUUAUAAAAGGCACUGGUUCCUUUGGAAAUUGUAUUGUAGAAAAAAGAGUUGAAUUUUGCCAUAAUGCUGUUUUAGAAGACAAAGUUGACGUCAAACUCCCUAAUGACAAGCAUCCCUGUAGAAUAUUUGACGCAUGCGCAGUUGACAAAGAUCAAUUAAUCAUAGUUGAUCAAGGCAACCAAAAGCUAAAAAGAAUAGAUAGGACGUACCACGUGACCGACGCAUACAGACUAUCUGGACGUCCGUGGGGUGUAUGUAGGACUAGCUCUUCUGAAGUUGCAGUGACUUUGUUUGGGACAAAAAUGAUACAAAUUAUAUCUCUCGGGAAACGCAUUGCUGUGUCUAAGUCAAUCCAGGUUGGAGAAUAUUGUAGAGGGGUUUGCUUUCAUGAAGGGGACCUCUUUGUCUGUUGCGGUGGUGGUGAUGGUGGCAGCGCGGACGAAGGUCCUGGACAUAUAAGAGUGUUUGAUACGUCCGGCAUACAAACACGUCUAUUCCAAAGAAACCAGUUUGGUGAAAAUUUGUUCACAUGUCCAUUGUACAUCACAUUGUCUCCGGAUGGCCUUACACUGUAUGUAUCUGAUGAUAAAAAGGGUCUUUUGACUCUCAACAUACAAGGUGAGGAGGAAGAACCCAUCCCUGAUGGAAGACUGAAAGAGGUUACAAGCAGCUGUUCUCUAGAACAACAUCUCUUAAUCGCAUGUGGUUAUCAAUCCCAUUACAUUCUCCUGAUUGAUUAUCAAAAUAAAGUUGUUCAAGAAUUACUGACACAGACAUGUGGAAUAAAAUUUCCAACAUCUGCAGUUUAUCUGCGACACACGAAUCACCUGUUAGUUACUUGUGACAGCUCAACCAAACUGAACAUCUUUAAACUUACCUGAAAGUUAGUGCAGAUCAAAUAAAAACAGUAUUAAAACAUUAAAUUGAUUUGGAAUCAGUCCUUUUAUGUGCUCUAUGUUGCAUUCUACAUAUAAACGUAACGCCAAGAUACGUAAAUACUUAAAUUUAUAUGAAAUCAUCUAAGACGAAAGUCAGAAACAAGUUUGCUUAUAUGUACUUACAACCAUAUGUUAAUAGUUACUAUUGAAUAUUGCAAUUUAUACUAAGGACCACUUAGAGUUAUACAGUUUUCAAAAGGUGUUGUCAUAAUUUCGUAUCUGCCCUUUUAUCUAACUGUAAUUUCAACCAUGACAAAACCAACAGAGUGCAAUUGCGGCCAGCAUGGAUCCAGAUCAGCCUGCGUGUCCGCGCAGUCUGGUCAGGAUCCAUGUUGAUCGCUAACGGUUUCUCUAUUUGCAGUAGGUUUUGAAAUCGAACAGUAUGUAUCCUGACCAGACUGUGCGGAUGCGCAGGCUGGUCUGGAUCGAUGCUGGUCGCAAACGCACUAUGUUGGUUUUUCAUGGUGCGGCUCAAAUGUUAUAUCCGUGUUUUAUAUUAUGAGCAGUUUGACCCUUUGUCUUUACACUAAGCUGUCUAGUUGUACAUAGCUUUAAUGGCGUUUUUGUUUUUGAAAAAUAUUUCAACAUUUUAUCAUUGCAUAGAUCUGGCCAAUACUUUUUGUAAAUUUAGGUGCAUGAAUCACAAAUUACCUAUUGAAAAGAGAAGCUUCUUUAAUAUUGAUGGAAAUCUUACAAACUUGUAAUAUAUGCAACCGAAAUACUUUAGGUAAAGAAUUUCAUUAUCAAGAAGAAAAUAUUUAAAAGAGUACUAUUAUAAAAAUCCAAAUGCUGUAAAAUUUUUACAGCUAAUGAACAGUACCGACAAAGUAGUAUUAAUAAAACUUUCAAUUUUUUUGUAAACAUAUCAUGUCCAUAUAAAAUUAACUGCCGUAAAUACUCUCAUUCUCCGUUUAUAUUACGAUAUAUACAGAUGAUAUUUGUUUGUUUCGGUGUGGGACUGGGUGAGCACAAAGUAUUGGCAUAGAUACAAGUGGGGAUGGGGGAUUUGGUGUUGGGGAUACUUUGGUAGUGUGUGUGGAGCAAACAAAUUUUCUUUCUUUUUAUGCCCCCGAAGGUGGGCAUAUUAAAAUCGCACUGUCCGUCCGUGGAUCCGUGCAUGCAUCCGUGUAAAUUCUUGUCCGGGCUGUAACUAUUCCAUCCAUAAUUUUGAUUUUGAAAUAACUUUGCCUAAAUGUUUACCAUAAUAAGACGACGUGUCAAGCGCAAGACCCAGACCCCUAGCUCCAAGGUCAAGGUCACACUUAGAGGUCAAAGGUUAACAGGGUCUGUUUCGUACCCGGUCCAUAACUCUGUCAUCCAUGAAGGGAUUUUGAAAUAAAUUGGCAUAAAUAUUUACCAUAAUAAGACGAUGUGUCAUGAGCAAGUUCCCGACCCCUAGCUCUAAGGUCAAUACAUCACUUAGAAGUCAAAGGUUAACAGGGUCUGUUUCAUGUCUGGUCCAUUACUCUGCCAUUGAUGAAGGGAUUUUGAAAUUACUUGACAUAAAUUUCACCAUACUCAGACGACGUGUCAUGCACAAGAUCCGAACCCCUAGCGCUCAUGUCAAGGUCACACUUAGAGGUUAAAGGUUAACAUGUUCUAUUUCUUGUCUUGUUCUUUUAGAAGUCAAAUGUAUUUCUUGUCUGGUCCAUAACUCUGCCAUUUAUCAAGGGAUUUGAAAAUAAUUUGACACAAAUGUUAACCAUAUUGAUAAGGGUGUCACGCUUAUGACUCGUGACUCUCGGGUCAAGGUCAAGGUCACGAAAUGAUAUGUGAUUUUUUUGCGCAGACAACUGUAGCAUUCUUGGGCACGCUUCGGGGGCAUUUGUCACCAAAAAUGACAGCUCUUGGUAUUGCAUGUUUUGACUAAUUUACCCAUUUCAUAGUUUUGUACCAGUGAAAAUAUAUUUGACAUUUUUCCGACUGCGAAAAUUGCCGGUUAUAUCUCACUUUAUUGUUCCAAAACUUCACUGAAAACAAAACAACAUGCAAUAACUAAUAUUUCAUGCUGUCACACUUGAAUAUCAUGCCAUCAUUAUCGUUUUUGCCAUUUUCAUUAUUUUAUUACAGUUUAUGUUGUUGCCUUCAGAUGCCAUUGGCCUUGACUUUAUCAAUAAAACUUGAAACUUGUUAAAAUUAUCACAGUACAUGUAGAUAUCAACUUCAACUUAAUAGCUGGCUUAUGUGUCCUAAAUGGAAAUUGUUAUCAUUAUUAUCUUCUUAUGAUAAUAAUCAGCACCAUUAAAAAGUUGUUUUUGAGUUCAUAACAAACGACAGUAUUUUAAAAAAAUCAACAUACGUAUCAUGUAAAGAGAAAGACUCUGAUCAUACGAAUUCGUUCCUUCUACAAAGCUGCUGUCCUUCAAUAAUAAUACAAAAUUUUAGUGACCAAUAAUAAAAUGUGGCACCUGCGAUAUGUAUUUGAUAAUAUUUAAAAACAUAAAUGUUGUCGUACGGUUUAAUGAAUACCUUUCAGUACUGCAGAUAUAAAGGUGAAUAUAUUUUUUCAGUAUGUUGUAUCAUAAACUGUUGUUGAUUUGUUGCUUUUUGAUCAAAGACACUUUAGUUUUCUUAAAUAAACAUUGAUGUACAUAAUCUUUUUCUUACCCAAGUGUGUCCAUUUAGCACGUGUGUCAAAAUCAUAAUAUCAGGUUUUACUAUACUAAAUGAAAAUGUCAUAGACGACAUACAAAUUAUUAGAAUACAUGUGCACAAUAUUGAAAACCUAAUGUGUGAUAAUACCAUUAUCUUGUAAUCGGAUCUUUAUUUAUCAUUUACAAUGUAUGUAUGAUGUCUUGAUAAUAGUAAUCAUAACUAUAUUGUUGAAAUAAAGAGACAAUUUUUCAUUUUACUA